GAACUUUAGUCAUUUUCUUGGUUUGGGAAUCUCCCCGUUUGUGAGACAAAAUGUUGGAGAUGCUUUUGAUCCCCUCUUUCGUGUCAUUUGUUUGGGGUGGGGUCCUCCCUCCCCCGCAGAGGCCAUGCCGCCCCUGUCCAGGGAGCGGGCUCGCAUUCCUCCGGAGUUUCCUUCGCUCCGGCAGCCGCACACUGCGCCAGCUCCGUGACGCGGCGGGCGGGCGGAACCUCUCCCACCUGCCGGUCAGAACAGGACAUUCCUGCUGGUGCCGGGCCGCCGGGGCCGGUACCGCCCUGCAGUUCCCGAGCAGGACUUCCGGAUCCGCGCAGGCCCCCGAAGACUUGGAUGACGGAUCGGCGGGAGGUUCGGUUCGGCUCGGGCUGGCUGCAGCGAUGCGCGGAGUUCUGCAGGAGCGGCGGUGCGCACGGGGCUGCACGCGCGCCCUGACACGCGGGCUGGCAUCAUGACCGCGCGCUCGCACGAGCGGAUGGAGCAGAGCCCGGGGCCCGGACCGGCGGCGCUGCGGCGGACGUGAUGGUUUUCUGGGGGGAGACGUGGGGGAUCCGCCGGUCUGUAACCGCAUCGGAGGAUCUCUGCAGACUGCGGCAGGCUGCUGGAGAGCGGUCCUUCAAAACAAAGGGACUGUCCUUGAAAUGGGGCCAUGUGGACUGAAGUGCUUCUGCUGGUUGUGAGCCUCAAAAAGGAAGCCACCACGAGGACAACGCUACAUCGACUUGCUGAGAGGGAGAGCGGUUGGGUUUGGGCUUCACACGGGCCACUGUGGGUUGAGGAGCAUCCAUGGCCAAUGGAAGUGAGAGCAGUGAGGUUCUUGUGGAGCCCACGGCGGUGGCGGUGGCGACAGCGGCUGGGAUGUUGCCGGACAGCUCUUCUUCAACUGUGUCGACCUACAUCAAACUAGUGCUCCUUGGGCUGAUCAUCUUCCUCAGUCUGAUGGGGAACCUGAUGGUGUCCCUGCUGGUCUUAAGGAACCGGAUGCUUCAUAAGGCGCCCUACUACUUCCUGCUGGACUUGUGUCUGGCAGACACGAUCCGCUCAGCCAUUUGCUUCCCCUUCGUGCUGGUGUCCAUAAAGAAUGGCUCCGCCUGGACCUACAGCGUGCUGAGCUGCAAAGUGGUGGCCUUCAUGGCUGUGUUGUUCUGCUUCCAUGCUGCUUUCAUGCUUUUUUGUAUCAGCGUGACACGCUACAUGGCCAUUGCACAUUACCGCUUUUAUACCAAGCGAAUGACGUUCUGGACGUGCGUGGCGGUGGUGUGCAUGGUGUGGACUCUGUCUGUGGCGAUGGCCUUCCCACCAGUUUUUGACGUGGGAACUUACAAGUUCAUCCGGGAGGAGGACCAGUGCAUAUUUGAGCAUCGCUAUUUCAAGGCCAACGACACGCUGGGCUUCAUGCUGAUGCUGGCCGUGCUCAUUCUGGCCACGCACGUCGUCUACAUGAAGUUGCUUCUUUUUGAGUACAAGCACCGGAAGAUGAAACCGGUCCAACUGGUUCCAGCUAUUAGCCAGAACUGGACCUUUCAUGGGCCCGGAGCCACAGGCCAAGCAGCAGCCAACUGGAUUGCAGGUUUUGGUCGGGGUCCAAUGCCUCCCACUCUUUUAGGCAUCCGGCAGAAUUUGCACAACCAAAACCGACGCCUGUUGGGCAUGGAAGAGUUCAAGGUGGAGAAACAGCUUGGCCGGAUGUUCUACGUGAUCACACUGCUGUUCCUGCUGCUCUGGUCUCCGUACAUAGUGGCCUGUUACUGGAGAGUGUUUGUCAAGGCGUGUACGAUACCACACCGGUACCUGUCCACCACGGUGUGGAUGAGCUUUGCCCAAGCCGGGGUCAAUCCUAUCGUCUGUUUCUUCCUUAACAAAGACUUGAAGAAAGGGCUUCUUUCUCACCUACCAGCCUGCUGCAGGACUAAACCUCAUCUGCCACCAGAGCCUUAUUGUGUCAUGUGACCAGAGAACGAUCCAAAUGCUGAGAGGGCCACGGGACAGGCGCUGUGUUCUACUUUCUUAAUGUUACAUUUGGUGUGAACAAGUGAAUGUAGUGGGAAAAAAAACAACAAAAAAUGGAAUGCUAAGAAUGUAUUUAAGGCCAAACACUCAUUGACUUUUCCUGAUGAAUUAAUUCCUAAUAAUGGUGUCAACAUGGAAAUCAAGCCAGAGCAACGGUACCAAAACAAGCUGCUCAAGGAACACUUUCAAUGCCGAUUGGCUGAGCCCUGAGCCCCAAAGUUUCAGACGACGACUGAAAUGUUGCAGGUUCUUAAAAGCUGGUUAUUAUUCAGUUAACAUGGUAAUGGAACAAAGAAUAAAGGACAAUAAAGGUUUCCAAUCACACUCAACAGGUUUUUCAGUUCUUUUUAACAUUAUCUUCAAAACUCAUAACUCCUGGAUUUACUGUCACAAUUCCUCGCCAUGAUAGAAGGAGGUUCUCUUCUUUCACUUCUGACCAUAAAAGUUGUUUUAAAUUUAUUUCAUCAGGUAAAAUCAAAUCAGAUUUUUUUUCAGCACAAAGCUGUAUUUAUUAAUACAUUCAGAAUGAUUCCACCUUACUGUUGACACAUUUAUUUUAAUUAACCAGUAGUUUUCAAACUUUCUGCCAGGCUCGCCUAAAAAGUCCUAAACCAUACAUUAUUUAAUCCUUUCAGAGAAAACUUUAUCCAUAUUAUAUGAGCAUAUAUUAUCUUUGGAACACUAAAGAACAAUUUAUUUAUGAAAUAUUAUUUUUGUGAACUCUUUUCAUACCCAGAAGUAAGACGCCUCAAUUUCUGAGGCUCCGCCUUUUGCUCCUUGUGGGUGCUGCCCAUUUCAUGACAUCAUCCUAGAGUCGUCCUCAGCAGCGUGUCUGCAUUUCUCCAACGAAAACAAAGAACAUCCAAACUUUUCUAAGAUGGAGGUGCACACCAUAGACCUGCCUUCAGAAACCCAGGCGCAAAUCAAAUGAACGUUUCGUGGUAAUCUCUACACAGAGAGCACCGACACCAGCAUCUGCACAACCAUGCACGACCUGGGGGCGGGGCUGGCAGCUCACUCUUCCUGAAAGGGGCGGUUUUCACGGUUCUACAUCAGAGUGAGAUAACGUUUUCGUGGGUUGGGAGGGGCGGUUCUUCAGAGGUUUACUCAGAAAUGCUUAAAUAGAUAAAAAUACUGCUUUGGAGUUGUUUAAAGUGAAGAAUGAACAUUAGAGUGUUCCCUCCUUAUUCACGAGGGUCAGGCACCAGAGACAUCUGCAAAUACGAA